GUGGGAGAAGGAAUGAAUGAAGCAAUGGAAAAGAAACGCCCAAGAAAACUGAACUUCAAUGCACCACUCUUGUCAACAAGGCGAACAGCUGGUGGUCACAUUAGUGAUAAAGUGUCUUGUACGAAUUCUCUGGUGGGAUGGAAAGAUGCAAGUAAUGGGAUUCCAUUCUGCUGGGAACAGGCUCCCGGCCAGCCCAAGAACUUGACGAGAAGUAACAACAUAGAUGAAGCAGAAACGACUCGUCCAAAACCCCCACCAGGCAGAUGGCGUCCACCAAAAGAAGCAACUAAUGGGGAUCGUGAUCGGACCCUUAAAGAUCACUAUCAUGACCAUGAUGAAGGCUGUGAUGCUGAUGUGGAUGACUACGACAAUGAUGACACAGAUGAUGUAUUCUCGGAUGCCAUGGAAGUUUUGUCACUGACAGAAGCAAUAGACAUUGUUGAGAAAGCAGAAAAGUUUCAUGGAUCAUCAGAUGGGUUAAAAUCAAAGAGUGUAGAGCCUAGUGACUUAGAUGGGUGGAACUUAGAGAUGAGUUUAGAGCACAGUGACUGUCCAUCUCCAAAUUUCAUAAUCGAGCGCUUUCUUCCAGACGCCACAGCAUUGGCCGCAUCAUCUGCUCUAAACAUGUCAAAAACAAAGCUUCCUUAUCUCUGCAAUUAUUCAGAUCAGUCACCAUGUGUUUCCCAAGCAGUAAUAAAGCGAUCAUCAUUCUCUUCCCCAAAGCGUUGUGGCCUUGAAAUGUUGUUGCCUUGGCGCAUGAAGCACAAGCUCUUUGGUGUAAAGGGUCCAAUCAAGGAAAGGUCUACCAAUAUUGUGCAACCAAAACCUGAUACAAAGCCGAAGAAAUUGUUUUCAUCAAUUGUUGCGCCUUCUGGAGAAUGGAGAUGUAAAUAAAAGAGGUUUGCUUUUGCUAUG